CCAGUUUCCUAGUUUGCUAUUGUACUACAUUUCUAUAAGAUGUAAUCAUUGGGAGAAACUGAGUAAAGAAUACACUGGAUCUCUGGACUAUCUUUACAACAUUCUCUGAAUCUAUAAUUAUUUCCAAAUAAAUAGAUGAAAGAAAAUUAAAACCUUGGUCAGAUGUCACUUAUUUAGGUGGUUUUCAUUUCUUACAUUAUAUGCAGACUAAGGACCUGUAGCCAGUGUUUCCUAAGACUGCGUUUCAGUCUGUCCUAAUUAUAGCAGAGUAAAAGGAGACUCUUGUGUAGCACUGAAUAAGCUCUGAGUGCUUUAUGAAUACAGGUUAAUCAGUCCUCACGAAGUCCUGUGUGAGAUAUAGCAUCAUUAUCCCGAUUUCACAGAUGGGAUCUGAGGCACAGAGAGUGCUAGAGAGUGCUGGAGUGGCAUACGGAGCCAAGGAAAUGACAUGCACAGUCCAUCGCGUAUUUGAAGUACAGACAUUCUGGGGGCCAGUGAUAAGGCAGUGCUCUGUGAUGCUGCACCCACAUGAGAAGGUACAAAGUUCACAUCCUGGAGUCCCCCUGUCUACAUCAGGUGCAUGCUUGCUCAUGAUCCAGGCUGGCUGGAGCUGGGGGUGAAUUGCAACACAGGACCCUAUGGGGGAGAUCUCUUUCUCUGCCUCUCUUUUUUCUGCCUCUCUCUGUAUCUCAAGGAAGGGAUAGAUAAGUAAACAUUAAAAAUGUAUAUAUAAAGACACUAAAGAAAAUGGAGUAACAAUGCUGAUGAUCAGCAGAUCAAGGAUAGGCUGGAGCAGUUGAGAUGUCACUUUACAUGGAAGUUGCUCUUUGAAGACUCUGAAAUGCCUGAUUUAGAAAACAGGAUCUUGGAUGAGAUGGAGUUCCUAGACACUAAAUACAAUGUAGGAAUCCACAACAUACUGGCCUAUGUGAAACACCUGAACGGCCAGAAUGAGGAGGCCCUGGAGUGCUUGAAGAAUGCUGAAGACUUAAUCCAGAAGGAGCAAACCGACUACUUGGACAUGAGGAGUCUGGUGACCUGGGGCAACUAUGCCUGGGUCUACUACCACAUGGGCAGAUUGGCAGAAGCCCAGACUUACCUGGACAAGGUGGAGAAUGCUUGCAAGAAGUUUGCAAAUCUCUUCUGCUAUACAGAUUGUCCCUGGAUGGACUGUGAAGAAGGAUGGGCUUUGAUGAAGUGUGGAAGAAAGAAUUAUUUACGGGCCAAGGCAUGCUUUGAAAAGGCUCUGGAAAUGGACCCUGACAACCCUGAAUUUAGCGUUGGCUAUGCGAUCAUCAUCUAUCGCCUGGAUUGCCUUAACAGAAUAAUACAGAAUAGUGACUACGCGCAGUCUCUGCACCCGCUAAGGCAGGCCAUCAGGCUAAAUCCAGAAGAUAGUUAUCUGAAGGUUCUCCUUGCCCUGAAGCUUCAGGAUUUAGGAGAGGAAGAUGAAGGAGAAAAGUACAUUGAUGAAGCACUGAGCAGCCAGUUCUCGCAAACCUAUGUCUUUCGAUACGCAGCUAAAUUCUAUAGAAAAAGAGGGAACUUGGAGAAAGCUCUUCAGCUUUUAAAACAGGCUGUGCGGAACACACCCGCCUCUGCUUUCCUGCAUCACCAGAUCGGACUUUGCUACAGGGCCCAAGCAUUACAGAUCAAAUCAGCUGCAAAGAUGCAACCAAGAGGGCAGGACAGAGAAAAUGUCAACAGAUUGUUAAAAUCGGCCAUAUUUCAUUUUAAAUUUGCCGUGGAUCAAAAGCCCACAUUUGAGAUCGCGUAUUUACACCUGGCCAGUAUGUACGGGGAAGCAGGCAAUCACCAAGAGGCUGAAGACAUUUUCCAGAAAAUGUUACACAUGACGCCACGGGAAGAAGAAACCCUGCAAGAGCUAUAUUUGUUUUAUGGCCGAUUUCAGGAAUUUCAAAAGAAAUCUGAAGCCACUGCAAUUGCCUAUUACUUAAAAGCAAUCAAAUUAGAGCAGCCGUCAUUUACAAGGGAUAAAGUUAUCACCUCUUUGGAGAGACUGGCUUUAAAGAAAUUUCGGAGAAAUCCAUCUGACCUAGAAACCUUGAGCCUCCUUGGGUUUGCCUACAAAUUGAAAGGAGAACUAAAGGAAGCCCUGGAAUACUAUGAGCGGGCGCUGAGACUGGCGGCUGACUUGGAGAACUCUACGGAACACGGCCCCUAGCUGCUGAAAUGGUGGACACUUUUACAUUUCACUUGAUUUUAGGUUAACAUGGACCAAUCACCUUUUCCACUUGCUACUGUCAGAAAUACAUUAUGCAGUACCAGCCGGUGGUGUAGUGGUUAAGGCGGUGGUCUCCCAUGUAGUCAAUCACAGUUCGAGUCCUGGACCUGGUGGAUUGAAAUUUAUGCUGGGCCCAUGGGCAUGCCUGCUUAAAAUCCUGAGAGGA